CGGAGGCGGUCGGGCAUGGGCCGCGCGGCCGCCGGCUCCCCGGGUCGCAGGGGGCAGCGGCGCCGGGAGCGGGGCAGGCGGCGGCGGCGGCGCCGAGUCCCCCGGCGGCGGAAGGCGGGGGCUUGCGGGCGCAAGAGGGCGCGCCGUCGGCGGGAGGAGCCCUGUCUCGAGAGGCCAGGGCAGGCGGAGCUCACGACCUGGGACAGCGGCUGUAGCGCCGAGUGCCCAGACCCGUGCGCGUCCCGAGACGACUGGCGCUGUGCUCAGUCUAUGCACGAGUUCUCCGCCAAGGACAUCGAUGGACGCAUGGUUAACCUGGACAAGUACCGGGGCUUCGUGUGCAUCGUCACCAACGUGGCCUCGCAAUGAGGCAAAACAGAAGUAAACUACACUCAGCUUGUCGACCUGCACGCCCGAUUCGCUGAGUGCGGUUUACGGAUCCUGGCCUUCCCUUGCAACCAGUUCGGGAGGCAGGAGCCAGGGAGUAAUGCGGAGAUCAAAGAGUUCGCCGCUGGCUAUAAUGUCAAAUUCGACAUGUACAGCAAGAUCUGUGUGAACGGGGACGAUGCUCACCCGCUGUGGAAGUGGAUGAAAGUCCAGCCCAAGGGCAGGGGCAUCCUGGGAAAUGCCAUCAAAUGGAAUUUCACCAAGUUCCUCAUUGACAAGAACGGCUGUGUGGUGAAGCGUUAUGGCCCCAUGGAAGAGCCCCUGGUAAUAGAGAAGGACUUGCCCUGCUACCUCUAGCUCCACAAGUAUGCGCCCCCCCCGCGGCCCCUGCCCCUCGGAGCCUUCUACCCGGCACCCAUGACGGUCUGCCUGAAAACCAGCCCGCUGGUGGGGCAGACCCGAGAACUCGGCGUGCACCCCCCGCCGGAGGAAGGUUCCUCGGCCCGGCCCGAGGCUUGGCGCCCCCCCCACCCCUGGUUAUCUUGUGGGAAUAAAACGUACAGAUUGGC